AUGCGAUUACGCCUUCCGAAAUUUGGGAAAGCAGAGGAAGAUACAGAGGACAUGAAAGAGCCCAUGGACAGAACGCGAUGGUGGGAACUCACCUUCUCCAUCAGAGGUUUCGAGAAUGUCACCGUUGAGACCCUCAAGCUUUUCUGGACGGUGUCGCUGGGGAGCGAGAAUCCCAAGAAGCACCGAAAUCGAGUGCGUUUGCAAACAAAGUUUUCUUCAAUUUUCACCUUGGAGAAAGGCAAAGUCUUUACUGCAGACAACCCAAUACUUAUGUACGAGCGGAAGACGUUUGCAUUGUCCUACAAGGAGUUGGACAAGCAUGUGGUGAAGGUCGACAUGUGGAGAGUGUCUUGUUGGACCUUCAACGAAUACUUCGGCUUGAAGAAGCAGAAACUUUCUUUGAUUGCGAAUCGUGACCCGAACAUGGAGCUCCGCAUUCUCAGAAAGCUCUCCCGCAAACAGAUGGCUGACAAAAAGAAGGCCAAAUCAGUGGCUGAUGUGGCGCUGUACAGAUGCACCGUCAACCUCGAAGAGAUUUUCGACUUUGAUUUGUUUUGUGAGAACUGGACGUUGGAGCUUAGCCAUGCAAGUCCAGAGUACAAGAAGAUGAAAGAAGAGCGCAAGCGCUUGACGUUUACCAUGCCGCGGGAUCGCCGAACGCUGCCUGGACAGCGACGAUAUCUUGGCAUGGGAGCUGCGUCGCAGACCGUGGAAUGGAACCAGCAAGAUGGCCGCUUCUUUUGGCCGAACUGCGGAAAGUUCGUUUUUCGAGGUACGAGGACGCACUUGCAGAACUCUUACUUCAUUGUUUCCGUCCUGACUGGAAAACCACCGGCAUUUCUCGCGGACAAUGCGACCGUGCAGAAGCUUGAGAAGCACGCACCUGCACAACCGCACCGGGUGCUUGGUCGAUGUCUCCUCAACUUGACUUCAGUUCUGGAUAUGUCAGUGUUCCAAGGGAAGGUCAAGCGGUUCAUUGCUGAUCACGAUCGCUAUAUUGUCGGUGAUAUCAAUGGCAAUGUCAAGUGCAUACUGCGUUCCAAGGGCAUGAAGGAGCCUGAACUGGACUUUCGCACCAAUCGACCCGAGCAGUUGAAAACUGCCACGACUGUGUCUCACUUGAACCGGUAUGAAAGAUACUUGGUUGUGCGCAUAAAGAAAUGUGAAGCUUUGCCUGUGGCGGACUUUGACACAAGCAGCUCAGAUCCGUACCUGCGCUGCACCUGGGACAACAUGGUGAUGCUCUCGCCGGUCGUCAAGCAAUCGCUUCGUCCUGUGUUCAACCAAAGCUUUUACUUCCCUGUGAGGGUGGUGUUCCCUGAAAUGCGGAUGGGUUCCAAGGCAGAGAAGAAGCACCAGGAUACAAUCCUCAAGUACGAGCUGACCAGCAAGGGCUUUGUGCAAAUCCAGGUUUGGGAUGACGACGUGACUUCGGCAGAUUGCUUGGGUGGAUGUCAGGUGACACUAGGAGACAUACUGAAUGUCCGUGCAACACAGAAGCGCACCUUGCUCGGCCCGUUGAAGACAGAGAAGAGGGACGAAGAAGAGGAGGAGAAUGAGCUGGAAGAGAAGCAAGAGCGACACAACCAAUGGUACGAGGAGCCGAAGUCGGUGCGGGUGUACGACGGCAGCAAAACGGCAUUGGGUCAAUCAGCCUUGGCCAACAAGGAUGCGGCCCUAAUCCACUUCGAAGCAUAUUUUUAUCCGGACUGGGCGGAAACUCUUCGAUUUGAAGAUGAAGUGCAGGAAGCUGACGCGGAGUCUGUUUGGGCGAAGAAGGAGGAGGAAUGGACCAACAAGAACAGGCAAAAUGCGGAAGACUAUGCGCUGCCUUUCCCGGAUUCCAUUGGAGCUAAGAAGCCAAAAGAGGAGAGCAUGAUCCAAACUGCUGACUCGUUGAGACGAUUUCCCUGCAUCAGCCUGCAUCCGUUGACACGCGUCGAAACGCCGCUCAUGGCUUUCGUUUCGCCGAUCAUUGUGCCGGAAGAGUGGAGCUUUCCAGCGAAGCUUCUGGAGUGGGUUCAUUGCCUCUCCUUUGAGAUCACACAGCGCCAGGCACGUACAGGCCUGAUUCCCUAUGACGGCUGGAAGGACCCCGAGUAUGUCCUUGCCCGACGAAAGGGAGCACCCCAGGAUCACUCAGUCUUGCUUUGCUCGCUUCUACUGGGCUGCAAAGAGGAUGCCUAUGUUGUGAAAGGCACGGUCUAUUCAAAAGAUCCUGUGGCAACCAUCGACAAGGCAGACCAACUCAUCGAGCACACCUGGGUCAUGACGCGUCACAAAGGAUGGGUAACCUUCUGGGAGCCGUCCAGCCGUCAGAUCUUCCACCUUCCGAAUCGAUACGACCCUAAGAAAGCCAGGAGAAGAAAAACCGAGCCCUUGGGGAAGGAAGAGGACAAAGAGGAGGACGAGGAGGAGGAGGAGGAGCAAGAUGAAGAUGCAAAUCUGGAGAAGCAGCAGUGGGAAGGAGAAGCUGAAGAUUCACGAGUUCAUUUGGAAGACAUGGAAAGCCUGCCAACUGUUGGGCGGAUGCCGAAGCCGAAGAUGCGUUCCGAGAAAGGCAAGAAGAAGGACGAGGAACCUGGUCGUGAAAGGCUCAAGCGCGAGCUCAUCGAGCAACGCGAGGGCCUCUCCAUUGCUCCAAAGCGGAAGAUGCUGCAGGAUGAUGCGCUGGUGACAUGGCUACCCUAUGACUCAAUUGAGGUCGUUUUCAAUGACAAGAAUGCUUGGGCAAAUCGCCAAAACCACCACCCAGCUUGUAUUACAUAUGAUUUUGACGAAACAGAUGCAGAAAGUCCCCCAUGGGAAUGCUUCCUCAAUGAUGAUGAUGAGAAGAAUCUGAACUUCCAGCCGAUCUGCCCGAAUGUGUCAGUUCAGCCUGAGCUGCGGCCAUCCAUAAUUGAUGAUCUGCAGGAUGACUUGCGCACCGAGAUGAUGCAGAAUCUGCAGCUUUACAGGGGCAAGAAGGGCAUGGACACCAUGUUUGACCACAACGAGGAGUUAAUGCAGCAACUCCGAAUCUUCCUGGAGAUCCACGAACUUUGGAGACAAAUCGAUCCAGACAGUCCUACUGCUUCCAGGGUGCUCGAGGGAUAUCGUGAGAUUCCAUCCGACAUGCCCCGGGAGCAGAUGAGUGACCAGCAGAAGUUUUACAACUUUGUUGGUCGAAUUCUAAACCUCCGGAUUUGGAAUCGUCAUGGGUCUCCUUUCUUCGACAGUGGCUACAAGGACUACGUCAAGGAGCAGGAACGCUUGUGGAAGUCACUCGAACGACUGUGUCACGACUUUCAGAAGAAGGAGGACAGUUUUCCAAUCAAGCGAGGGAAGAAGUUCAGGGGCCUUCCAGUGCAUUUUUGCACAUCCGAUCAAGAAAGUAUUCGACAAUACCUCAUGGAAAUCACCGAGUACAAGCAUAUCAUUGAUACUGAUGAGGAGGAUGUCUUCUACACCAUCGAGUGCAGAAUUCUCGGUCGUCUGGGUGGGAUCCUGUCGGUUUGGCUUUAUGUCGGCAUCCAGGAGCCCCAACGAGAGACAGAUUUCGAUGAGGACUUGUGA